CCAACGUCUCUGCGCACGCGCCACAAGCCAGCUUCUAGUACUUUCGACCUGUUUGCAAAAUUCCCGCUUAGUUCGCCCCCGGACGUUGGGGCGGAUGGCUGGUCACUCAUCUAGAGCUGCUUUAAGAAGUUCCUCGUCGUCCUCCUCCUGGGAGGAACGUGUCCGUCGGGACUUUCUGCGUCUUAAGUGAGGGGUUGGCGGCCUGUGGAACUACACUUGGGGAAGAGACUUUGAAGCAAAGAGAGCUGACAGCCGCAGGCGUCAUGUCCAGUUACGUGAACUUGUGGCCGGGCUCGCCGCAGGAGGAUUCCCUCUCGACGACCCGGUCGGGCCAGUCCAGCCGACUGUCCUCGGCCUCCAGGAGCCGCUCGUCUUCCGGAAGCGGCUCGCGGUCCCCCUCCCGCGGCUCGAGUCGGUGGUCGUCCCGGAGGAGGAGCAGGUCGCGUUCCAGAAGGCGCCACCAGAGGACGUACAGGCGCUCCUCACGGUCCUACUCGCGGAGCCGCGGCUCCUCCAGGAGGUUCUCUCGGUCUCCUUCGCGGUACCGAUCCCGCAGCCGGUUCCGAUCUCGGGCAAGGUCGUACUACCGAAGUGCCUACGCGAUCACCCCGGGGCGCCGGCACUACGGCUUUGGUCGCACGGUGCACCCGGAGGAACACAGAAGUUGGAGGCGGAGAGCCAGGACGAGGUCGCGAAGCCGAACCCCCUUUCGGUUAAGUGAAAAAGAUCGAAUGGAGCUGUUAGAAAUAGCAAAAGCCAAUGCCGCAAAAGCUUUAGGAACAGCUCACCUUCAUUUGCCAGCUAGUCUCAGAACUGUUUAUGUACCUAAAGAAACAAACCGUGGUACAACUCUACCAAAUAAUGGUGCAAAGUUUGAGAUGUUUUGAGAGAUUACAGAAGAAGAGGCCUACUUCACUUGUAGAUAAGUUUAUUAUAAUUCUCCAGAAAUGUGCAGGAUGUGCAUUGGCAAAUUGCACUGGGCUUUUAAUUAUGAUAAAUCCAAAGCAUAAAGGUCUUAAAGAUUCAAGGUAGUCAGGAAUUGAUAGAUUCAGUUAACACAGGAAAUAAGUGUUAAUCAAGGUGAAUCUACCAUUUGGACCCAGAUAUGGGUUUGCUAAAUAUUAGUAGUAGACAGAUAAGAUCUUAGUUGCUUUUUCAGACGAUUGUGUGCCCAAAGGGCAAAUGCCUUAGUUGUUUGAAACUAGGUAUUUUCUGGUAUGACUUCACUUUCAAAGUUAUCUUGAAUUUGCAUCAGGGGAAUACAAUUCUGCUUUAUGGGAAAGAGUGUCUUAAGCCAGUGAUUGGAUCAGUUUUGUUACCCAGGAAACUAACAAGUACCAUGUUGUUGAGGCUGUUGGUUAGAUCCAACUUGAUUUAUAUUUCUAAUUAAAUUUAUAUACAGUUGGGCUGCUUUUUAUAUGGUAUUGUAAACCAAGGGUAAUGGUCUGUAAAAAAUACACUUUUCUCUUGCCUGUCUAGCUUUUGGAAAAGCUAACAGAAGAUGGAACUAAAUAUCUCAAGGAAAAAUCUUCCCAGCAAAAAAACAUAGCUUUUAGCUCUAAU